GAAGGAUGGAUGAACAAUGGGCUGAGUAUUUAGGUAAUUACGUUUACGAUGAGGUUGAACAGAAUGUCGAUCUCAGUGACAUUGAAAGUGAUGAAGGUGAAGAAGAGAUGGAUGAAAAUUUUGGUGAUCCCGUGGUCGAAGAAAAUGGCAUUUCAUUCAAUUAUCGUGUCACUGCUGCUUGUGUAAGAGGAAAAAAUGUUUUCCACUUUCCAUCUAAUGUUGCUGACAAUUGGUUAUUGCCGUUGCAAACUGAGAUAGACAUUGUCGAUGUUCAUACCGAUGCUGUUUACCCAUGUGUGUUGAAGACUGGUAGGAGGCCAGGGGAGAGAUAUCUUUGCUUAGGUUGGUAUGAGUAUGUCAAAGCAACUCGUCUGAGGGCUGGUGAUGUUCUUGAGUGCACUGUGGCAGAUCCUCCUACAAGAAUGUUUGUUCGUUUUAUGAUGUAA